CUUCCUUCCUUUCUCUGUUUCGUCUCUUCUGUGAUUCUUCUUCUUCUAUUUUCCGAAGAGAAAUUCAUCAUUUUCUUCGAUUUCCCGUGUUGGGGUUCCGUUUCUCUUGAUUCUUUUUUCUUUCUCGAAAGGAAUAAGGGAAAGAAAAGGGAUACCCAGAAUUUUUUCAUCGACUUCUCUGAUAUCAUUCGUGAUGGGCUGUUUUGGAUGCAUCGGGAAAUCGAGCAAACGAUCGGAGAGUAACCACAAGAAUAACAACGAUACGAGCAAGAACGGGAACACUGUCGGUGGUGACAACAUCGGUAAGAGCGAAAAGCGCAACGAUCAGACACAACCGAGUUCAGAUUCGACGAAGGUCAGUCCAUAUCGAGAUGUAAAAGAAGGAGACGCUGAGGAGGAUCAAUUGGCUUUGGACGUGAAGGGUUUGAAUUUAGAUGAUGAAGUAACAGAGAAUGGGAAUAGUAAUGGUAAAAAGGCACGGACUUUUGCCUUUGAAGAACUGGUUGCUGCUACCGGAUUCUUCAGGCCGGAUUGUUUCUUGGGUGAAGGAGGAUUUGGUAAAGUUUACAAGGGUACCCUUGAGAAACUUAAUCAGGCUGUUGCUAUCAAACAACUUGACCGGAAUGGGCUUCAAGGGGUCAGGGAAUUCGUGGUCGAAGUGUUGACAUUAAGUCUGGCUCACCAUCCAAAUCUCGUGAAGCUAAUCGGGUUUUGUGCUGAGGGUGAUCAGAGACUAUUGGUUUACGAGUACAUGCCAUUGGGAUCUCUGGAAAAUCAUCUGCAUGAUCUCCAUCCUGGUAAAAAACCACUCGAUUGGAACAAUCGGAUGAAAAUAGCGGCCGGUGCAGCGAGGGGAUUAGAGUAUUUGCAUGACAGAAUGAAGCCUCCUCUCAUCUACCGUGAUCUUAAAUGUUCGAACAUCUUGCUUGGUGAAGACUAUCAUCCAAAGCUGUCUGACUUUGGCUUGGCCAAAGUUGGUCCAAGCGGGGAUAAAACCCAUGUCUCCACAAGGGUUAUGGGAACAUAUGGGUACUGUGCCCCGGAUUAUGCAAUGACCGGUCAGCUCACAUUCAAGUCAGAUAUAUACAGUUUCGGAGUUGUCCUUCUGGAGCUAAUCACCGGAAGGAAAGCGAUUGAUAAUACGAGAGAGCGUAAAGAGCAGAAUCUGGUUGGAUGGGCACGCCCAUUGUUCAAAGAUCGGAGGAACUUUCCGAAUAUGGUAGAUCCGUUACUCCAGGGACAAUACCCAAUCAGGGGACUGUACCAAGCCCUAGCGAUUGCAGCAAUGUGCGUUCAGGAACAGCCGAACAUGAGACCAGUGAUAUCCGAUGUGGUAAUGGCCCUUAACUACUUAGCUUCUCAGAAAUACGAUCCUCUCAGCCACAGCUCGAGGAGAACCCCAUCUUUUCAUAUCAUCGACGAAGAGAGAAAACCGAGCUCUGAUAGAGAAUCCGAGUUUGGAGUUUCUUCAUAGAAAAAACAAACAGGCUGCAUCAAAUUUUUGGAUUCAACAAAAGGGUAGAGGGGCCUCUUUGAGUGGAUAGAUCAGGUAUGGCGAUAUUAUGGAAAGGUGCCCUCUUUUGGAAAAUCGCCUACAGUUUUCUUCAUCAUCUCUCAUAUGGGUGUGUGAUGUACAUUUGAAUCGGUUUCUUUUUAGUAAAUGUAGAAUGCUUCUCCUCUGUAGAAAACCAUUUUGUUUCGGGGGCAUAUACAUAGAAACAUAUAUACAUAUGCUUUCGUCCAGAUAAUGACAAUAACAAUCAUCAAAGGAUUUCAAGUUUAGUAUAUCAUUUCACCAUCCUUC